AUGAGUGUCACCCAAGACCAACGCGAAGAGGCCGUCAAGCAAUGGCGAGCCUCAUCACAGGCCCAAACGAUGAAUCCCACAGCUGCAGAGGCCAUAGAAGACAAAGUCCUGGCAGGAGAAGCAGACGCCUACCUUGAACAGCUGACAACAACGACUGCGCCCAGAACACCGACGCAUGGGAGAUCUCACUCUGACUCCAGCUUCGUGAUCAAACUCAUCCGGUCCAUACAGCUGCCAUCGAUGGCCCCAAUGCCUGGAUAUCCUCUUUUGCCCUAUCUUCCAGGAACGGCGCCCAUGCCGCAGAUGCAGCCAAUGGCAUUUCCUGGAUUAUCACCUCUCCCCGCUAUGCUUCAGCUGCCUGGGAGUCUACCAAUGCGAGCAACGCCUUCGAUGCCAUUUCCAGCACGGUACUUGGCACAGCCACUCUCACCGAACAAUGCUCGUCACAUGGCAACGAUGUCAAACAUCUUCAACACUCCCAAUAUAUCCGCACAACCGAGGGACGUCCCCAGCGGCUCAGCUCAGCAUUCAAACAUCGGCCUCUCUGGCACGACGGGAGGCGCACAAUUCGGCUACUGUUUGAGCGGUAUCAGUGGUCAGUGGGAUGAUCCCAGCAUUGAGACACCUUUGCCACCGGGACUGCUGGCACCAAUAGACUACGCACAGAUGCAUGCUUUGCCUGCUCAGAUCUCAAGCACGAGGCAACAACCACCACCAUUGUACGGUGGAGUACCGGUACAAAGCACGACGUCCGCCUAUACUGGCUCCCCACCAGAGCUGGCCUUCGACAUUCCAGCAUUUGAUCCCACGACCGGCGUCGCACAAAAUGUGCCGCGCACUGAACGGAAUCACAGCGGCGCCAUGCCUUCUCAAUACGUUCUCAACGAGUCUACAAUCGACGCUGAGCCGCAGAACCAUAGGAUGCAUGACACGUUCACUCAGCAGCUGGAGCGAGAGGAGAAGACAUACUUCGGCGAGCUGCGUGAUGCGCCGGAUAAGCCUGUCGAACGGAAGCGCUGA